AUGAGACGCGCCAUGAACUAUCAGGAAAUAAUUGGCAAGCAUGAAUCAGAUAUUUCGAGUUUUAUCAAAGCUCUUGCCUUGAAUUUGAAUCCAUCAACCGAUCAACCAGCUGAGCUUGCGAAACUGGUUACUCGAGAAUCCAGCAAUAGGCUGAAGGAAUUCGCUCACCUUCUCUGGUGUAUAAACUCCAGAUUCAUCAAAACAUUUAAACCGGAGAACAGCGAUUACAUUGCCGAACAACUCUUGGUUCAAAUGUGGAUUCUCAAUCUUUUAGACAAUUCUGCCAAAGCCGAAAGCACCUCGACGAAAACUCAUGAAGAUACAGAAGAAACUCUGAGAAAACUCCUCAUAAGAUCCGUUACUUCAAAAUAUUCAGCACCCAGCCACCAUAUAUUUUACAAUACCCCUAGUACUGGCACUGUCCCCGAUGCAUCAGUUUGUCUAAGUCAACUUUUGAUGACCGAAGCUGUGAUAAGAUUCCUAACAUCUUACUACAAAAAGAAGAAUCUGAAAAAAUGGGAGGCCUUGUUCAACCGGGACGAGGACUUUCCAGUUGCCCUUCAAAGACUUAGAUGUUGGGAUUUGUAUCGGACUUAUUCUAGGAAACUGUCCGAAGAUAUAGACAACGCCGGCCCACACGCGUUAUUUCCUUGGAGAAAUCCUAUUCCCGAUGAAUCAAUAUAUGCCAAACGAGAUAAGAGAAUUGCUUUCUUUAGCACAACAGUUUUUGUCAACGUAGAAGGGCGCGUGCGAGCUACACAAGAAUGGUCGAGAAACGGGGAUACUAUGAUGACUGAAUUCACUCCAACCUCCAAAUAUUUGCAGAAUGAAGAUCUUAACAAGUUGUGGGCAUAUAUUUCAAUGUUUGAAAUUUUUUACAAAAAAUUCAUUGACAAAAGCGUCGAGCCUCCGGACUUUGGGGAAUUACUCAUACAAUUGGAGACGUGGAGAUCUAAAAGCGUAGAAAAUCCUCGUGAUGUUGUGCGAUCUCAUGAAAUUUUCUUCCAAAAACACAACUUCGAUUCCAAAGUGAAUAAGGUUUUCCAGAUGCUUUGGAAGAUCAAUUCACGAGUCAUUGAGACUUUUGGUUACCUACCACACGAACGUGUUUUUUUGGAUCAACAGCGAGAACUUCAACAAGAAUUCAUCGAAUUGCUUACUUUAUCGGCUCGUCCGGAAUCAAAUGAAAUCGAUUACCAAUCUUCUAAAACAGUUGAUAGAAUUUACCUUCAAAGGAAAAUAAUCGAACACUUGGAUUGUCAAAAUGAAAGAAAGAUUUACAGGAUCGAAAAGCGGGCACAUAAAUUGUCAGCAGAGUUGAUCAUGGUCACAAAAGUGGCAGUGGAAGUGAUGAUUUCCUACUACUGGACUAAAAAUCCUUCCAAAUGGCUGCUGGUCUUUCAAGAUGGAGAAAAAUUUAGUACAUACUAG